AUGAGCGAAGACGAGGAUUGUGAUGGCUUGCCCAGUAUAUUCGUUAACUCUUCUGGAUACGAUGCGGGUGCUUUUAGUAUCCCCAGUGCAGAUGAGCUGGCAUCGCAACGGGAACGUGAGGUCGAGAACGAGCGGAAACUGAAGGAGUUACGUGAGCGUCUCGCUAACGAUGAUGACGUCACAUUAGCGCGUCACGACUCCAGCAGCUCCGAGAGCGAUGCGGCGCUGGCCGCCGCCGUGACCGUGAUGAGCGUCGACUGCGCCCUCGCCGCCGUCGCCGCGGGUCCGCCGCGCCACGCGCCCCGCGCCGCCGACCUGCUCGCGGCGCUGGCGCGGGGCCUGCCCGCCGCCGCCCGCCCGCUGCUCGAGGACUCUAACGUCGCGCUGCGGUUACCCGAGGUGGUGGCGAGCGCGAGCGCGCUGGUGGCGGCGGACGACGAGCCCUGGACCGACGACGAGGUGUGGGCGCUGGGCGCGCUGCUGGCCGGCGCCGCGCUGGCGCACGACCCGGCGCCGCGUCGAGAGGCUCUGCGCGCGCUGCACACGCUGCUGGAGCGCCGCGCCACCGCCGCUCAGGCUCACGCUCUCGGCCGUAUGAUGUUGGACGCGCUGCCGGCGGCGCGCACGAGGCUGGAACUGAGCGACGCGCUGCGGGCGGGGGGCGGCCCCACCUGCGAGGCGCUGGCCACCCUCGCGCUGGACGUGGCGCUCGUGGACUCGCUGGACCCGCCGGCCCGCGGCCGGGAGAGCCUGUCGCGGCUGGCGGAGGCGAUGGGCGCGGGCUGGGCGCGGCUGGCGCCGGAGCUGCGCUACACGACGCUGCAGCUGCUGGGCCGGCGCCUGGCGGUGGCGAGCGAGGACGAGAGGGAGGCGCGCUCGCGCCUGCUGGCGCCGCUCGCGCCCUCGCAGAUCGGACACGACACGCAGGCGCCCGAGAAGCUCAAGGUAUUAGUGUGUGCCUCCAAGCUGCGCCUGUUAUUCGGUACCGAGAAGUGA